GCGGAACCUCCGGGUACCGCAGGCUUGAGGGGACCCCUGCGGCCUAAGGGGUCGCAUCCCUUCCCAAAACUUUCUUCUUGUCCCUGCUGUGCCAGGACCUAAAUUUAUUUGUAUCUUUUAAUUUUUCUCUUUGGAAAAAGUAAAACCUGUGAUGUGUCUGUCAUGUGACUGAACUAUCUCGGAGGGAGGGUGAAGAUGUGGGGGGUUUCUUAGGGCCACCAGAAGGGGUGCAGUGGUGAGCAAGAGGGACAGGCCAGAGUAUGUAUGGAAAGGUGGCUUUUCCUCGGGGCAGCCCAGGAAGGCCCCAAGAGGACAAUGGAUUCUGGAACUCGCCCAGUUGGUAGCUGCUGUAGCAGCCCCGCUGGGCUCUCACGGGAGUACAAACUAGUGAUGCUGGGUGCUGGUGGUGUAGGGAAGAGUGCCAUGACCAUGCAGUUCAUCAGCCACCGAUUCCCAGAAGAUCAUGAUCCCACCAUUGAAGAUGCUUAUAAGAUCAGGAUCCGUAUUGAUGAUGAGCCUGCCAAUCUGGACAUUUUGGAUACAGCUGGACAGGCAGAGUUUACAGCCAUGCGGGACCAGUAUAUGAGGGCGGGAGAAGGGUUUAUCAUCUGUUACUCUAUCACGGAUCGUCGAAGUUUCCAUGAAGUUCGUGAGUUUAAACAGCUUAUUUAUCGAGUUCGACGUACUGAUGAUACACCUGUGGUUCUUGUGGGAAACAAGUCAGACCUCAAACAGCUAAGACAGGUCACCAAGGAAGAAGGAUUGGCCUUGGCCCGAGAAUUCAGCUGUCCCUUUUUUGAGACGUCUGCUGCAUACCGCUACUAUAUUGAUGAUGUUUUCCAUGCCCUUGUACGGGAGAUACGUAGGAAAGAAAAGGAGGCAGUACUGGCUAUGGAAAAAAAAUCUAAGCCCAAAAACAGUGUAUGGAAGAGGCUAAAAUCACCAUUCCGGAAGAAGAAAGAUUCAGUAACUUGAAGAGAAGAUGUGAAGUGUUUAUCUGUGAACUGCAGUGCUGUAUCAAAGCAGUCCAGUAACCUGCAGUACUGAGCAUGGUGCUUGCUCUUUCUCCUAACUGAUAAGAGGGACAUGCCUACUAGGAGUUUUUAGUGAUGUGGUAUUUGAAGUAUUGUCUCUUAGUUAAGUAUGAUUUAUUAACCCAGUGGAGCACUGUCUGCUUUUAAAUCGUCACAUUAGAAUUUGAUCUACCAAUGUUUUGGGUUCUGUUGCGCUGAUAUUAAUUAAUGUAAAUUUGUUUAUACCCAGGAGAAUAUGUAUACCAUGUGUGUUUGACUAAGUUCACAAGGGAAGUUUUUGGCUCUGCACUCCCCAUUAUCUUUCAAUUUCAAUUUCCUGGGACUAUCCCAGAGAAAGACCUCAGUCUCUUCUAUUCACAUUAUGCUUCCUAGAGACUGAACAAAAGUCAUGUAGGGAAAUUGGGGCUAAGGAGAUCAAUGUCAGAUUUCAGCAGAUACCUGUGGGGCUGACACCUGUUGCAGACUAUGGAGUGGUGAGAUUUGGGGAAGUUGGGCUAUAUGUUUGCAGAAAGGUAGGUUCAGAACAAAAUUCUCAAUACAAGCUUGGCUUUUCUAAGAAGUACACAUUUGGCCCAAAUGCACCGGGAUGAGUGAGAACAACCAGAAGCAUGUAAAAUGUGAUGAAGGUUUCUCCCAGGAACCUUAUUUUAUGCUUCAUUUCAGGGUUUUCUUUUUUUACCUUCAAAGGUAGACAUUUUGGAAAUCAUAACUGUAUUACUAAAUGUGUUUAAUCAGAAUUCAUAGUUGGAUCAGCCAUUGCCUUGUACAGAUUUAUUUUUUCCCCAUAGAUGCACACGCCGACACAUUUAUAUUAAUUGCUUCCUCCUACGUUGUGCUCUGUAAAAGAACUACAGCUGGCAAGAUGUGUUUUCGGCCCUUCAUCACUGAUUGCAUUUUCCAUACAGAAGAGACAUCAGGGAUUUGGGUAAAAUUGUAUGUGUGCCUCCUUUACGUGGACAAUCACUAGACUCAGUGCUCUGAGAAAAUGCUAUUUCUGUUUAAUGGGUCAGUCUUAAAGCUUUAAAAUUCACAUAGGUGGAGUUUCUCAUCUGAAGAUUUCCUUACAAGGACUUUGCUAAGUUCACCUCAGGGUUAUCUGAGCCUUGACUAAGUUUAUCCUAAGGGAAUACCACUUUGCUCCCUGUGCAUAGUUUAGGAACUGUAGUCCGAGGAAGAAACAGUUAAAUAUUGUUAGUGAGUUCUCUGUUUUAAGAUCAGGACUGUUUUGAUAUCUGACCUUGUUAUAUGUGGUGAGUAAAUGCAAAAAUGCUAAGAGUAAUGCAUCAUAUAUUGAAUAUUAAAUGUCACUGAAGCAAUGUUUGUGUCUACUAGAAACAUAAGAUGACUUGUGUAGCACCUCUUUAUAAGCACACAGCUCAUCUUAGUAUUUUCCAUUUUUAUUAGAGGAAGUUGGACAGAGUUGUGUUUUUCUUUGUAAACUAAUGAUAAAUAUUCUAGAUUUUUUUAAAAAGUGACUGUUAGAACUUUUUUAGCUCUGAGUAGUGGUCCCUUUUUAAACUCCUGGAAACAUUUUUGUUACCAAAUAAAUCAUGUUUUAUGGUACUCAGCCAUCCAAAAGUGAAAGACCUAGAAUUUGAUUCUGUGCAGGACAAAAAUCUCACAGGAACUGUAGCACUUUGGAAAAGCAUCAAAGUAGAAAAGAAAUACAGUGCAAUUCUAUUAUGAGAAUGUUUUACAUUUAAACUGGUUUAGCACCUUUUAAGUUUAAAGCCCAUAGCUUCUUAUUACUAGUGACCUGGGGAAGGAAUUAUUAGCAUUAAGCAAUAUAUAUAUAUGUAUAUAUAUAUUCUGUUUGUUUGUUUGUUUUUUCUUUUUUUUAAUGAGAUGAGGUUUCACUAUGUUGCCCAGGGUGAUCUCGAACUCCUAGGCUCAAGCAGUCCUCCCAAUAUGCUGGGAUUACAGGCAUGAGCCACCACCUAGCCCAAGCAAGAAAUUGACACUAUGUAAUUAUUUAAGGUAGUCUAGGCAGUAGAAAACAUUGCCAGAAGGAUAGAAAGGAAUUUGGAUUAUAUAUAAGGAAAAUAACAAAUUGGUGUUUUUAAGACUAUCACUGUCAUAUAUUAGAUCCUUGUAUUAGUCCAUCCAUUAAUAUUAGUUCUAUUUGCGGUGCUAGGUAGUUUGACAGGUAUGAUAUGCAUAAGUCAUAGCUCUAUUCUUAGUGUCAUAAAGUGUAGCUAAUUUAUAAGCUCUAAGUAAUCAGCUUUAUCCAAUUUGAGAGCAUUAAAAUUACUGCCUAGAACUUUGAAAAGAGAAAAAUUCAGGGAUAAGUUGAAAGGCACUGGAACUGUUUCUACCCAUACCAGACCAGUAAAUUGUAAGAUCCAGAUGUUAGUAUCUAGAAUUAGCUCUUUAGAAUUCAGAGGGGACAUAUGUUUUGACUUCAUCAUAUAUUAGCAAGAAUUGGGUCUACUGUGAUGUUUGGGGAGGAGGAGGGGGAAAUUCUUUUUAAUGCACUUGUAUGUGAAGACAGUUUGUAUGACAUAAUACAAAACUUUUAAACAA